AGACUACCUAUUUUUCAGAUGAUAUAGCAUGCCUCACAUGUUCUAGCUAUUUGUCAGUCAAUGAAGCAUUCCUUGUAUCAGUUAAUAGUUGAUAAAGCAGCACCUUUUUAAUGUUCUACCUAUUUGUCAGUCGAUAUUUAUAAUAAUAAAUAUAAAAAUGUCAACACCAAACACAUUUUCAACACCUCCAAAUCGUACCCGCAAACGCACUCAUCUUGUUAACUCACCGUCACUGUCGACAUCUAUAGAUUUGAUAGAAAAUGAUGAUUUGGAAGAAAAAAUGCUUAGGCGAAAGUCAAAACUACUUUCAAAUAAAAUUCUGAGUCCUGGUGGUCUUCAAUCAUCACCUAAACGUUCUUUGGAUCAAGAAAGGCGAAAGACAUUAAAUCUGUGUCAGGUUGGAAUGACUAAAGAUCAGCUGCAAGAUCAUUAUUCAACUUGUUUAAAGCUAUCUGCUGAAAAUAAAAUUAAUGCUAAAAAUGCAUUUGGGUUGCAUCUAAUUGAUUACAUGAAAGAUCUUUUAAAACAAUCCCAGAAUGAAAAUGCGGGUACAAAUUUUUUGUUGGCAAGUUGUACAUUAGAUGCAGGUGUUAAAAUUUAUGCUUAUCGUGUUGAUUGUAUACAUAGUGAAGCUUACAAGAUUUUGAGUUCAUUGGGACGAGCAACAGUUGAUAAUGAAGAAGAUAAUGAGCAAAAUAACGAUGUUGCAGAAGAAGCUACUCAGCAAACAGAGAAAAAGAAAAUACGUAAAAAAGGUUCUGGUAAAACAAUAGAGAAAAAUAUUAAAAGUAUAAACUGUGAUAGAUUUGAAUUGGAGUUCGAGAAAGAUCCAUUCUUUCAGAAGACUGUAGCAGCAUUUGAUGAAGGGGGAACUGGGGGUCUUUUAUGUCUUCAACUUAGUUCAAAGUCAGAUAACUGUGAUUUAAUGAUGGAUUCUUCUAUUCGAGUUAAUGAUAUUCCAUUAGUUACUCAAGCAGAGACUACUGCUGAUGAUCAGAUGAUAGAUUUGACUUUUUUAAGAGAAAUGUACACUAACAUUCCAAUCGACAAGUUAGAAAUUUGUCCACAGUUUAGUUCAUUUAAAUUCAAUGGCUGGAAUCGAAAUUCAUUGAAUUGUUCAGCUGUUGAUGACAGUUUUGAUGAUAACGUACACAAGUUCGAUGUUAAUGCACCAGUAAUCUCUAAUCUCAUGGACACCUCAGAAAUUGGAGGCGAUUAUACAAUGGAUAAUAAUGAUAAUGAUGAUGGUGACGAUUUAAAUGAAAUGGGUGCACUAAGGGGUACAACAAGUGAUAUAGAAAGUCGCUCAACAUUGAUUAAUAUAACUGGUUCUGACAAAUUAACUCUAUCAAUGCAACCUAGUGAGUAUUCAUAUUUUAAUCAAGACCUUUUAUCACUCUGGGCUGGUCCUUUGCACUGGAAAGUUAAACCUAAAUCUAAAGAUCGUAGCACUACAACUGUUUCUGAUACUUCAAAGCGUUCAGUUAAAAAGAAAAUUCCUUUAAGAAUAAAUUUUGAAGAGCAAGUUGACUUCAAAAAGUAUUUUAGUUCAGGAAGAGCAGCAACUUACUUAAAAGAUUCAACCUUAGAAAAGUAUAGUUCUCAAUUUACUGUUCUUCCUGAGGACUUGCAUUAUACUGCUGAUAAUUUGUUUAAACUUUGGUUAAUGCCGUUGUUAUCACUUCGAAAAAUAGUUGAUACAAAGAUUCUACAAAAUGAUGAUCAAGAACCAUACGAUUAUAAUAACAAAAAUGAUAGAGAAGGAUUUUGCCCUGCUCUUGAUGAUAUAGGUGGUGGUGAUUAUAGUGAUGAUGAUGGAGAUAACGAUAUGAUAGUUGAAGAUGAACAUUCGCCUGACAAAAUUUGUAUGAGUGAUGGAUUUGAUUUGGUUGCCCAGCCUAAUAAGGUUCGAUUUAUAGAUAUUAAUUAUGCAAAAGCAGCAAAAAGAAUUGAUAUUAAAAAGUUAAAAGGAACUAUGUGGAAAAUGAUAAAGAAAGACGCAAGUUCAGAAAAGGAAAAUAACGAUAAGUACAAUAUCCCAAAACCGAACAUAAGACAAGAAGAAGAAGUGUCCGGUACCGAAUUUUUUGAAGGAACGUAUUCUUUUAAAGAUAUGUACAAAGCAUUACCUUCUGAAGUUUCAAGUAAUAUGGCUAAAAAUCUCUCAACACCAAUUGCAUUUGUAUGUUUAUUAUACUUAGCGAAUGAAAAGAAUUUAAAGUUAACCGGAACAGAUAACAUGGACGAUAUAGUCAUCGAAAGUGGUCAAAUUUCUAACGCAAAAUGUUAAUAUAAUGCUUAAAUUUUUUGGGUAAUUUAAAUAAACGGGAGUAUUUUUUAUGAAUUUAAUAAAAGUAAAUUUAUAUAAUUUUAAGUUAUAAUGGAUAAAAUGCCUCUGAUCAAAACAUCUUUAUGUUUUGUUUCUGUUAUUAACAAAUUUUAUUUUUAAAAAGCUUUUAUGUAAAUCCCAUCUAGUUAAAUCUGUGUGUAUGUGCGUGUGUUCUAUUUCAUAGUUGGAAUAUAUGGCUGACUUGGAUUUUAAUUUAAGUAAUGUAAAGAUAUUCUGAAUAUUAAAGUAAUAAAUACUUGUCGGCUUUUUAAUUUUA